AUGCUUGAUGAUGUUGUCCAACGCUUGGGAGUAGAUUAUCAUUUCGAGAAAGAGAUGAGAGCAUUAGAAGAACUAUAUCAUGAACACUGCGCUGAUGAUAGGAAUCUAUGCAAUGGUCUCUGCGAUUUCGGUUGCUUAGACAGCAAGGAUACAUGUUCCUGUGAUAUAUUUAUCAAAUUUAAAGAUGAACGAGGAAAGUUCAAGGAAUCCUUAAUCAAUGAUGUAUCGGGCAUGCUAAGUCUGUAUGAGGCUGCGCAUAUUGGCAUACGUGGAGAGGAUGUCCUGGAUGAAGCUAUAGCUUUCACAAAAGCUCACCUUGAGUCAAUGGUUACUCAAGUAAGUGCUGAGCUUGCAGAACAAAUAACUCGUGCCUUGAACAGGCCCAUCCGCAAAGGAUUACCAAGAAUGGAGGCAAGGCAUUACAUCAAUAUCUACUCAGGAGAUGCGAAUCCACAGAAUCGAACAAUACUGAAGUUUGCUACAUUAGAUUUCAACAUGUUACAGGUACAGCACCAGAAGGAGCUAAGCAGUAUCACCAAGUGGUGGAAAAGUUUAGAUGUUGAAACAAAGCUGCCAUAUGCCAGAGACAGAAUUGUAGAACUCUAUUUCUGGAUAAUGGGUGUGUACUUUGAGCCUCAAUAUGCCUUAGCAAGAAGGAUUCUGACCAAAGUAAUAGCCAUUGCAUCCCUUCUAGACGAUACUUACGAUGCCUAUGGCACCCGUGAAGAACUUGAGCUUUUUACUGAUGCUAUCAAAAGGUGGGACAAUAGUACUAUAGAUGUACUUCCAGAAUACAUGAAACUGAUUUAUCAGGCACUCUUAGACGUUUACACUGAAGCUGAGGAGGAGAUUUCAAAGGAAGGAAGAUCAUAUUGUAUUGAUUAUGCAAUAGAAGAGAUGAAGACAUUGGUCCAAGCAUACUUUGUUGAAGCCAAGUGGUGCAAUGAAGGCUAUAUUCCAACAGUGGAGGAAUAUUUGAAGGUUUCACUUGUAACUACUACAUACAAAAUGUUGGCAACAACUUCUUUCCUCGGCAUGGGCCAGAUUGCUGAUAAGAAGGCCUUUGAUUGGCUCGCCAAUGACCCUAAAAUUAUCACAGCUUCAACAAUUAUUUGCAGACUCAUGGAUGACAUAGUGUCCCAUAAGUUUGAGCAAAAGAGAAAACAUGUCGCCUCAGGUGUGGAAUGUUACAUGAUACAGCAUGGAGUUUCCGAGGAAGAAGUAAUUAAACUGUUCAGCAAAGAAAUUUCAAAUGCUUGGAAAGAUACAAAUCAAGAGUUCCUGAAACCAACAGCGGUACCAGCGCCCCUUCUAAAGCGCAUUCUAAAUCUUUCAAGGGCCAUGGAUAUUAUAUACAAGGAUGAUGAUACCUACACCAACUCUUAUAAACUAAAAAAGGACAUCGCUUCCUUGCUUGUGAACCCAAUUUCCCUUGAAGUAUGAACCAGCUGCAUAUAUAGCUCUUUUGUUUGCCUAAAUAAAUCUGUGCUUCACUUUCAGUGAAGAUACAUUUAGCACGUUAUUCUCUAGAUAUGUUUUGUUGUUAGCCUAAAUAAAUCUGUACUUCAAUUUCAGUGAACAUAUAUUUUUCA